AUGGCCACCAACACCAAAUCCCCGGUGGUAGACAUCCACACACACGUCUACCCCCCCUCCUACAUCAGCCUCCUCAAAUCCCGCUCAGAAAUCCCCUACGUGCGCUCCUUCCCUCCCUCGCCCUCCCUCCGUCUCGUGAUCCUCCCAGCCGAAGACACAGAAAGCACCUCGCGGGGUCGACCCGUGGGGGCCGAGUACUACGACAUCAGCAAGAAGAUAGAAUUCAUGGACACACACUCGAUCGACAUCUCCGUCAUCUCGCUCGCAAACCCCUGGCUGGACUGGGUGCCUUCCUCAGAAGCAGCGCAGGCCGCUCAAUCCAUUAACGAUGAAGUAAACACCGAGUGUGGGAAGUACCCUGGGCGGUUAUUCGCCUUCGCUACGCUGCCGUUGAGUGGAGGGAAAGAAGUCAUCGUGAAAGAGAUCCAGCGACUGAAGAGUUUGAAGUACAUAAGGGGAGUGAUCCUCGGCACGACGGGGCUGGGAAAAGGCCUCGAUGACCCGGAAUUACUACCCAUCUUUGAAGCGUUGCAAGAGAACAAAUUACCCAUCUUCUUACAUCCGCAUUACGGACUUCCAGGAAGUGUCUGGGGAGAGCGGGCAAAUGAUUACGGACAUGUCCUUCCUCUAGCCCUGGGCUUCCCUCUAGAAACGACCAUCGCAGUCACGCGCAUGAUCCUCGCUGGGGUCUUUGAAAAGGUCACCGAGUUGGAGAUGAUUCUCGCUCAUUCCGGUGGUACCCUACCGUUCCUUGCUGGUAGGAUAGAGAGUUGUAUCGAGCACGAUGCACACCUCAAAGCCGAAGGGAAGCUAGGAAAAGAAAGAAAAACAGUUUGGGAUGUCCUGAAGAAGAACAUCUACCUGGACGCGGUGAUAUAUAGUGAGGUGGGACUGAAAGCUGCGAUCCAAGCGAGUGGUCAGUAUAGAGUCAUGUUUGGAACGGACCAUCCUUUCUUCCCGCCUUUAGAGGGAGAAGGUCAGAAGUGGGCCAGUGUGGAGACAAAUUACGUCGCUAUAAAGGCUGCACUUGGGGGUGGAAGUGAGGAGGAGAAGGGAGCUUUGGGAAGAAAUGCCGUGAGGGUAUUAAACUUGGAGGUUUAA